AGCCGGCCGGGCGGGCGGGAGGAGGAGGCGGCGCGGCAGCGGCUGGGCUCAAGCUGCUCGUGCUCUCCGGCCCCUCGGCGCAGCUGGUCCCGGGCGCAGGCGGUGGCGCGGCCCAGAAUGCGAGUGUGAGAUGCUUCCCCCGGCAGCGGCUCCCCGGGCCCAGGCGGCGGCGGUCCCCGCGUGGAUGCGGCUCCGGAGCCGGCGCUUCACGCUGCACAAACAUUUCUAUAGGACUCAUUCGCCUUGCUGAGGAGAGCGGCCCGGCCCGCGCCCCCGCCAGCCCCUGCCCCCGCCCGGGCCAUGCAGGCCCCCGGCACAGCCUCGCCGCUCAGCGCCGCGCAGGUGGGCCGCCUGCGGGAGGAGCAGGGAAAGGUGGUCACUAGCUGCCAAGAAAAAAUCCAGCACUGGAGGAAGGUGGAGAAUGAUUAUGAGGCUCUUCAAGAACGUCUCAAUACGUUGCCUGAUAAACUGUCUUAUGAUAUCAUGGUACCUUUUGGUCCCCUUGCCUUCAUGCCAGGAAAACUUGUCCAUACCAAUGAGGUCACUGUUCUGCUUGGGGACAACUGGUUUUCCAAAUGCUCAGCUAAGCAGGCCAUUGGCCUGGUUGAGCACAGGAAAAAACACGUAAGGAAAGCACUGGAUGAUUUGCAAAAAGUCAUGAAGAAUUUUGAAUCCAGAAUUGAAUUCACAGAAGAUUUGCAGAAGAUGAGUGACGCAGCAGGUGAUAUUGUUGAUAUAAGAGAAGAAGCUGAAAAUGAUGGCACUGAAACAAAAGGAAAACGCAGAACUGCUCACAAGCCUCAUUCAAAGCCAAAAGUGUCAGAUGUUUUUGAGGUACAUUUUCAAGAAAAUGGGACAGAUACAAAGUCCAAGGGCUGUUCCCAAUCUGAGGAGGAACUGUGGGCCCGAUUGGAAGAGCUUGAGAGACGAGAAGAGAUGCUGGGUGAAUUUGACAGGACACCUGAUACAACUGAGGCAAAUGGAGAAGAUACAACCUCCUCUGAAGAGGAGAAAGAAGAUAAGACAGAUCUGAAUGUGGUACACAGAGUGGAAGACUCUACUACUCAGGACAAUGUACAGAAAGCAGUAACAAAUUCAGAAUUGUUCAGUGGUCAAGUUAAUGGCCCAAGUCAUUAUCACAGUGAUGAUGAAGAUGAUUUAGCAGUUGAUCAUUUUGUACCAACUAUAUUUUUCUCUCAUACUGUUGAACCUAAAAGGGUAAGAAUAAACACAGGAAAAAAUACUACUUUGAAAUUUAGUGAAAAGAAAGAAGAGGCCAAACGUAAAAGGAAGAAUAGCAAUGGCAAUGGACACUUGGCUCCAGAACUGCCUAACAUCAAAACACCAGCAGACAUUUACCGAGUCUUUGUUGAUGUUGUGAAUGGAGAAUAUAUCCCUCGUAAAUCAAUUUUGAAGUCCCGAAGCAGAGAGAAUAGUGUUUGUAGUGAUACCAGUGAGAGCAGUGCUGCUGAGUUUGAUGACAGACGAGGAGUUCUGAGGAGUAUUAGCUAUGAUGAAGCUACUUACAGUGACAACAGUGAGGGGAUCUUGGAGGAGGAAGAGGAAGAGGGGCAGGAGCAUCUUCCAAAAAAACUUUCAACCUUAUCAGGGACAUUUGAGGCUUUUUCUGGAACUGUUAUAGAAAAAGAGCCUUUGUCUCCCUUAAUACUACACCCAAGCAUUGCUCACCCUGUCCUGCCUACCAUUCCGGAGCGAAAAUCAGAGGAAGUUCUGUCUGAGGCAUCAGAAGAAACUACAAAGAGGAUUUCAAAAUUCAAAGCUGCCAGAAUGCAACAGACAAACUAGGCCCUGCUGCCUACACAUUGAAAGUUUGAAUAUUAACGCUUAGUUUCACAUUUGUUGAGAUUAUGUAAAACUAUGUGCAUUACGCCUAGUUAGUAAAAAGGUAUCUUAUGUUAAUUUGGCAUUGUUUAUCUUAAUAGACCUCUAUUGGUGAUAUUUAAAAAAAAAAUGUUUGAACACUUCAAUAUUCAGUUUAUUUUGUCAAUUUCCCUGUAUGUGGUCAGCACCUUUGUAUAUGUUUGCCUUAUGAUAACAGCACUUGGAAUUAUUUUUCAAAGAUUUCUCUUCAUAUGCCAUUGGUUUUAUGUUUAAACCUAAAUAUACAGGCAGUUUUGUACCAGCUGUGAUGUCCUACUUACCAUCUGGACAGUUUUAAAGAAACUUUUCAAAUUUCAAAUUGAUUCAACAAUUAUAUUUCAUUACUUGCUUUAGCAUUUUAAGACACUCUUGUAUCCACAUUGUUGUAGGUACCUGCUAAAAUUCAGGUUUUUUUCCUUCUAUUGAACCUCUCUGAUAUCUUACUGUACAGAUCUCUAAAACAGAAUGCUGUGUUCAUGUACACUGAAGGGAAGUUUCUUUCAUGGAAAAUGGUAUUUUGUAAAAUUAAACUUUUCAAGUAAAAACAAAGCUGUGACUUUU